GCUGCGUCGUUAUUUUUGAACCUUAGGCGGGGAAGUGCUUUACGAGCCGGCGCCGUCUCUGUGUGCCGAGCGGGGCCGCGCGCCUGGGUCUGAAGACCCAGCCAUGACGCAGCAGGUCGCCCGGGAGCAGGGCAUCACCCUGCGCGGGAGCGCCGAAAUCGUGGCCGAGUUCUUCUCGUUUGGCAUCAACAGCAUUUUAUAUCAACGUGGUAUAUAUCCAUCGGAAACUUUUACUCGAGUGCAGAAAUAUGGACUCACCUUGCUUGUAACUACUGAUCCGGAGCUCAUAAAAUACCUCAAUAAUGUGGUGGAACAACUAAAAGAUUGGCUGUACAAGUGUUCGGUUCAGAAACUUGUGGUAGUCAUCUCAAAUAUUGAAAGUGGUGAAGUCCUUGAAAGAUGGCAGUUUGAUAUUGAGUGUGACAAGACUGCAAAAGAUGAUAGUGCUCCCAGAGAAAAAUCUCAGAAAGCUAUCCAAGAUGAAAUUCGUUCUGUGAUCAGACAGAUCACAGCUACAGUGACAUUUCUUCCAUUAUUAGAAGUUGCUUGUUCAUUUGACCUCCUGAUUUAUACAGACAAAGAUUUGGUUGUACCUGAAAAAUGGGAAGAGUCGGGUCCACAGUUCAUUACCAAUUCUGAGGAAGUCCGUCUCCGUUCAUUUACUACUACAAUCCACAAAGUAAACAGCAUGGUGGCCUACAAAAUUCCUGUCAAUGACUGAGAAUGAGAUUAGGAAAUGAAUGUAAUGUGAAAAAUUCUCAAAUGUGGUUUUCCUGAAACCAAGUCAACUAUAGUUGAUGAUUUAUUUCAUUGGUUAAUUUUUAGAUGGGAAAAACCAACAUACUUUUAUGAACUGUGCAUAACUGUUGCAUUUUUGGAGUGCCUUUUUGACUUGCCAUAAGGCUAACAUGAGCACACUGCACAUUGUUCAUGAGGAACCAGCAGAUUUCAUCAGCACUGUAAUGAGAAUUCCUUUGAAUGUGGUGAUUGUAGGUGGAAAAUCUUUUGCUGUAAAGCUACUUUGCUAAUUCAUUUUGGUCAAACAAGCUGGAUAGAGAGAUACUUGAAUAUAAAACAGCAAGCAAAGUCUGAAUAUUUAGAACUUCGGUUUAGAUCCUGAAAGUAAUGAAGUAUUGCUUUAUUGGGUCGUUUUGUCAUUUUAUUGUACAGUUCCAAUAUUGAAAAAAAUUGUGUUGUUAGAUUUUAAUUUAUAUAACUUGAACCCAUAAAGCAAUGGAUGUUUAUAUUGUUUAAUUCCUGUAAUACAGAAUUCAUAAAAUUUUUAAAAUGUUUUUUAAAAUCAAGCUUUAAAUGACAAUGAUGAAAUAAACUUGUAUCUGUUAUGGUUUGAA